UCGUAGAUUUGAAUACAUGAGCUGUCGCCCUGCUCUCGGUGCCUGUCGAUCAGCUCAGCAGCCAGAAGGACGACCGAGACGAGGGAGACAGACAGAGACAGAGACACGGACAGAAAGAAGACUGAUACCCACAGCUCAGCGGCCUCCUCACCUCCCAGUUUCCGGUUCCAACAUGGCCGCCCCCUCGCAGAUCUCUCCAGAGGAGCUGGAGGAACUUAAAGAAGCCUUCGCAAAGAUCGAUGUGGACAACAACGGCUUCAUCAGCAAACAGGAGCUGAACGAGCUCUUCAGAGCCGCCAACCUGCCGCUGCCCGGGUACCGGGUCCGAGAGAUCGUCCAGGAGCUGAUGAAGAGCAGCGAGCAGCUGACCUUCAGCGAGUUCACUGAGAUCGUCCACGGCCUGAAGAGCAGCGACGUCGCCAAGACCUUCAGGAAGGUCAUCAACAAGAAGGAGGGAAUCUGUAACGUGGCAGGGACGUCCGAGCAGUCAGGCACCACACACUCCUACUCAGAGGAGGAGAAGGUGGCGUUCGUGAACUGGAUCAAUAAAGCUCUGGAGAAAGACGUGGACUGUAAACACGUCCUGCCGAUGGAUCCCAACACCAACGACCUGUUCACGGCGAUGGGAGACGGAAUCGUUCUCUGUAAGAUGAUCAACCUCUCUGUCCCCGACACCAUCGACGAGAGGACCAUCAACAAGAAGAAGCUCACGCCCUUCACCAUCCAGGAGAACCUGAACCUGGCUCUGAACUCGUCCUCGGCCAUCGGCUGCCACGUGGUCAACAUAGGAGCUGAGGACCUGAAGGAGGGCAGGCAGCACCUGGUCCUGGGUCUGCUGUGGCAGGUCAUCAAGAUCGGACUGUUUGCCGACAUCGAGCUCAGCAGGAACGAAGCUCUGAUCGCCCUCCUGCGCGAUGGAGAGAGUCUGGAGGAUCUGUUGAAACUCUCACCUGAGGAGCUGCUGCUGCGUUGGGCCAACUAUCACCUGGAGAAGGCCGGCUGCGGCAAGAUCAACAACUUCAGCUCCGACAUCAAGGACUCGCGGGCGUACUACAACCUCCUGAACCAGGUGGCGCCGAAAGGAGACGAGGAGGGAAUCCCCCCCAUCGCCAUCGACAUGUCAGGGCUCAGGGAGCAGGACGAGCUGCAGCGAGCCGAGCUCAUGCUGGACCAGGCCGACCGGCUCGGCUGCCGACAGUUCGUCAUGCCGCCGGACGUCGUACGAGGGAACCCGAAGCUGAACUUGGCUUUCGUUGCUAAUCUGUUCAACAAGUACCCGGCUCUGAAGAAACCAGAGAACCAGGACAUCGACUGGAGCUCCAUCGAAGGUGAGACCAGGGAGGAGCGAACCUUCAGGAACUGGAUGAACUCGCUCGGCGUCAACCCGCGGGUCAACCACUUAUACGUAGAUAUCGACGACGCGAUGGUGAUCUUCCAGCUGUACGAGAAGAUCAAGGUUCCGGUGGACUGGGAUCGAGUCAACAAGCCUCCGUACCAGAAGCUGGGCAGCAACAUGAAGAAUCUGGAGAACUGUAACUACGCAGUGGAGCUCGGGAAGAAAGAGGCCAAAUUCUCUCUGGUUGGCAUCGCGGGUCAGGACCUGAACGCUGGGAAUCGAACCCUCACCCUCGCUCUGCUCUGGCAGCUGAUGAGAAGAUACACCCUGAACAUCCUGGAGGACCUGGGCGAUGGACAGAAAGUGACCGACGACACCAUCGUGUCCUGGGUCAACGAGACGCUGUCACAGGCCGGGAAGGCCACGAUCUCCAGCUUCAAGGACAGUAAAGUCAGCAGCAGUAUGCCGGUUCUGGACCUGAUUGAUGUCAUCCAGCCUGGAUCCAUCAGAUACGACCUGGUGAAGGCAGACGACCUGACGGAGGACGAGAAACUCAACAACGCAAAGUACGCCAUCUCCAUGGCGAGGAAGAUCGGCGCCCGGGUGUACGCUCUGCCCGAGGACCUGGUGGAGGUCAAACCCAAGAUGGUGAUGACGGUGUUCGCCUGCCUCAUGGCACGUGGCAUGAAGAGGGCGUGAGGGGACGCUGUCCGUCACCUGGGGGGGGGGGAACAGCUGUUCUGGAACUAUCUGCUAAAAUGAAACGUUUUCUACACGUGAAAGAAUCCGAUUGGUUCGGUCGAAAUCACAGAAAAACAAACGCUUCUUGUUUCUUUUUUAAAUGUUUUUCUCUGUGAAUUAAAAUCUGAAACUUUCGACACAACAAAUAAACAAUUUAACAUGAA